AUGUCCUCAAUUUUCGUCAAACAAACGGCCCCACCUUCUCCCCCUUUAAACACUACACUCGCAACAGUCCAAGUACACGCCCUUUCAGCAGGCCACCUCACUUUGCCUGAAUGGCACUUCGUAUCUCCAGCUUCAGAUACAGCACGAAGCACUGUGCCAUCACUAUCAUUUCUCAUCCAUCAUGAAAACUCGGAAACUGGGAAGAAGACGAGAAUUGUAUUCGACCUUGGGCUGAGGAGGGAUCUGGAGAGAUAUUCAAGGCCGAUACAACAGCAUGCUGCGACGAGAAGACCGAUUUCAACAAACCCGGAUGUAGUGAAGAGUCUAGCUGCUGGGGGGCUGACGCCGGAGGAUAUUGAUUUUGUUGUUUACUCUCAUAUACACUGGGAUCACAUCGGUGAACCGCGAGAUUUCGAUAAAAGUACAUUCGUAGUCGGUUCAGGGGCGGCCUCUCUCCUCCAAGGAACAUCAACCUCCCUCCGCGGUGGCCAUUCCUUCUUCGAAGCCGAUCUCCUGCCACCAUCAAGGACGAUCGAGCUCUCAAACCCAAACUCACAGUCACCACAAGAUGGCGUAGAUAAGAAAACAAGCACGCCAGAUUUUUACCAGCCAUGGACUGCCCACCUCAACCUCCCCCAUGUAAUGGACAUCUUCCUUGACGGCAGCCUCUACAUAGUCGACGCGCCAGGGCACUUGCCAGGCCACAUCAACCUGCUCGCGCGCACUUCACCCAAUUCAUACGUCUACCUCGCAGGUGAUGCAUGUCACGAUCGGAGGAUCAUGCGAAAGGAGAAACAGAUUGGGACUUGGGAAGAUGCGGAGGGCAUUACGUGCUGUAUUCACGCGAAUCGAGAGAAGGCGGAGGAGAUGAUUAAGACAAUAGGUGAGUUGGAAGAGAGAGGGGUUGAGGUUAUUUUUGCGCAUGAUGUGGAGUGGGAGCAGGAUUCGAAGAAUGAGGGGAGGUUUUGGGAAACCCCCCCUUGUUUUCACAACACUUCAUUGAAACCACCCAAUACAUACUCGCCAUACAAGCCAACGGUAUCUUCUUUCCUCACCAAAACAUUCGUUCCCCUUCUGCACACCUAUCAAAACAACCUGAAAAUGACUUCCCUAACCCCAGACCAAACCUCCCUAAAAGAAAAAUACACCUCCACCCUGGGGCCCUCCUCCUGGACUGAAGGCUGCGAGUCUCUAUUGAAACUAUCCCCAGAAAUGCUGAAAGCCAGUCUCCACAUGUCUUCCGUCCCAAAAAAGAAGUCUCAUCUCUCCCCCAAAAUCCAAUCCCUCAUCGCACUUUCCGUCGACAGCGCAUCAACACACCUGUACAUACCAGGAAUCCACGACCACAUUAAAGAAGCCAUCAAAAACGGAGCCUCCCAAGCGGAAAUCAUGGAAGUUCUCGAGUUGACAAGCACGCUGGGAAUCCACGCAUGCAAUAUCGGCGUCCCAAUGCUCUGCGAGGUGAUGCGUGAACUUGGCGGAUACGAAAGCUAUCUCGAAGCAGAGGAAGAUGAGAUGAGGAAGAAAUUAAGAGAGGAGUUUACGGAGAAGAGGGGAUAUUGGCAUACAUUCUGGGAAGACUUUCUCAGGUUGGAUCCGGAGUUUUUUGGGGCUUAUUUGGAGUUCUCGACUGUUCCUUGGGUUAAGGAUGUUAAAGGGGAUCGGACAGGGGGUGGAGUGCUGGAACCAAAGGUUAAAGAACUGAUUUACUGUGCCUUCGAUGUCGCGGCGACGCACCUUUACCAGCCUGGACUUAAGCUGCAUAUGAGGAAUGCGUUAGGGUAUGGGGCAACUCCCGAGGAGAUCAUGGAGGUGCUUGAGAUUGCGACGUUGUUGAGUAUUCAUACUUUGGAGGUAGCGACUCCGAUUCUUGACCAGUACACAACUGGCAAAGCUUAAGUUGUAGACGAAACUAAACCAUGCUUUCC